AUGGCUGCAAUCAAGAAAUUCAUCCAAAAAUUUAUUCAACAAAACAUUUAUCCAACAAAUUAUAUUCGUAUUGGCAAUGUUAUUGAAGAUUGUUUUGAAUAUCUGAAAAUCUAUUUAUUUCGUUUAGAAUAUUCAUUAGAUGAUUAUGAUCGACAACAAAUUCAAUGGUCAUAUCAUACAUUUCGAUCAGCAAUAUGGAUUACAUUGAAUUCAUGGAUCUAUAUAUUUUUCAAUGUUCAUCUAGCUCAAUAUCCAAGUUAUUUUCUUUUGAAAAUACUGAAAUCAUUUGAACAAAUAUUUCAUUUUGAACGUGUUGAUUUAUUAUUUCAAUUUCAAAUAUCCGUAUUAAUUAUAUUGGAAUAUCAAUGGUUUGAAUUUUUUCGUAAAAUUCUUGGCUAUAAUUUUUAUGGUAAUAAAUUGUUUCGUAAAUAUUGUUAUCAAUUUGAUGAUAAUCAAUUAGACAAUAAUUAUCGUCAAUAUUUAACACGUUUUAUUCGUUUGGUUACAAUUGAAUUAAUAUCCAAAAUUACAAUUGUUUAUUGUAGUAUAUUUUUAAGUAAACAAAUCGAAAUGAAUUUAUUCAAUACAAAUUUAAUGAUAUAUCUUUUAUCGGCAUUAAUAGCAACGAAUGUUUUAUAUUCAAAAGCCUCGCAAUUACCAUAUUAUAAUCGUUGUGGUUCGUUAUCGAUAAUGAAUUGGCUAGCAAGAUUACAAUAUCAGCAGCAACAACAACAACAACAACGACAACAACAACAUAAUGGCAGAAAUCAAUCAAUACGUAACGCGAUUCGUUCUAAUCUUUUUGCUCAAUCAAUGUCGGAUAAUUAUUUAGGUUUUACCUGUGGACAAAUGUUUAUUUUAACUAAAUAUAAAUUUAUUGAAAUAUUUUUAAUGAAUUUUCAAUUAGUUUUAUUGUUUUAUAAAAAAUCCAUUUUUGAAUAUUUCUGA